CGGGACUCACGCGUUUUGCCGAUGUUUUGAUGCCUCGACUCCCGACGACAGGCGAUCUCAGCUCACCAGUCGACCAUCAACUUCCACCACCACUUCACCAUUAUUCGAUGUCACUAUCGUUGUCUCUCGCUAUAAUAUAGUCGGGCCUUCUUGCCCUUCGAUCAAUUACGUCCGCUUUAUCGUACCCGAUCAACCCGCCGUGCGACCGCUUUGUUUACAUCACCAUGGCCGCGGCAGGCGCGAGGGCGCAGAAGCCUGUAGGCUCUGCAGCGUGGAUCUCAACCGAAAAGGAAAACUUUAUGCAGUUGGUGGACCAGGAAAUGGAGGAAGUCGAAUACCCAGUGCGCCAUGAGAUGGAUUGGUUGAACGAACAUAUGGCCGAGGUCUUCUCCAACAACCAACCCAAUUUCGCAGAUGUGUUCAAGACCCCCGGAAAGCUGCGAGGCAAAACGCCUCGCACGGCGCGAAAGCGGGAUGCGAACGAGCCACGAGUGCCAUUGAGCGAGAUUUUCUCAUCCGCGCACAACCAUGGAAAGACAGAGAACAAGCUUGGUGCUAGCCCGGCAAUUCAGCGCUCACCGACCAAGGCCCUCCCCCCUGCGACCGCAGCUCCAGCCAUUACGACAGAAACUAAGAAGAUCACGGAGACCACAACCCACUCCCAGUACCCGGAUCUGAGCCAAAACCUCAACUCCUUCCCACAAUACAACACAGAUUCAGGCUACCAUGGCAUGCCGGAAGAGGACGAGGAGGAAGACGAUGAUGUUGUCCUUACACAGGUGCAGCCCGAGUCCCAGUCAUCCACUCAGCCCAUGGAUCAAGAGCCUACUAUCGCCGAAGAGCAAUCGCUUCAACCGCUGGAAGACCGUCGCAAUACAGAAGCAUCUUUUCACUCCGCCCAGGAAGAUGUGCGCCAGCGCGAGGAAACCGUUGAACCUGUCACUAUUGAGUCGUCGCCUAAGCGGAACGUUGGAACUGACUCUCCGAAGAAGCAGCCGGGGGCGAAUAAAACGGAGCAUGUUGCACAUGGAGAACCAGAACUUGAAGACAAACCAAUGCCGGACCUGGCGCCCGAGCAAGAGCAGGAAUCAGAAUCAGAAUCAGAACCAGAACCGGAACCCGAGCAUGGAGACGACCUUGAGCUGGAAUCUGAACAUGCACCCGAACCAGAACCCGAAUCUGAGCAUGAACACGAGCUCGAACCGGUGCCUAAAUCUACACCCCAGCGUAUAUCCAAGCCCAAGGAGCAGUUUGCGCCAGAGCCAGAGCCAGAGCCCAAGCCGUUUAAAGACGCGGAAUCGACUUCGCCGUUGAAGACUCCGGCUGCACAGUCCCCAGAACACCAGCAGGAAGAAAAGGACGACGAAAAAGAUGACAUGGCACUUGAUAGUCUCGACGAAAUUGGCUCACCUUCGGAAAGCUCUCCCGUACGCCCGCCUAUUCGCAAGAGCAGUCUGAGUUUUGCAUCGCUUCCAGCCCGGGAGCCGCUAAUGAAGAAGAGCCUUGGUGGUCCGAGGGUUUCCCGCACAAGCCAUCUUGAUUUCGCUAAGCUCAGUAGCACCGGAGGCUAUCUGGGCAGACAGACUGGAGGUCACAGAACAACUCAGCAUGCUCUGGAAGACAAUACCAUUCACGGUGACAAGAUGGAUGUCGAUGACAAAAAAGACGGAUCCGAUGAGGAACCAGAUGCGGAAACCAGAGCCAGCAAGCUCCAGACCAAAUCGUCCACUCAGCUCCUGCACGAGAAGAUCAGCAUGCUUGGUAAACUUCAGCCUUCGCGGCCCACCAAAUCUAUUCCUUCGGUCUCUGGCUUGUCCGCCGCACAAGUGACAUAUCCCGAACUUCCCACUACCAAAUCCGAUGCCAAACAGGAGACAUCUAGCCAGAAAUCCCGGGAUACCCAAGCGCCCGAACCCUCUGCUGUGGAUGAUGAUUGGAUUAAGCCAUUAAAUUCGCCCUACAAACCAGGCACGCGUGCUAGUCAAAAAGCCGAUAGCAUGAGCAAACAUUCCAGUGCCCGGAUAGCCCGAGCUGCAGAUGACGAUCGUCCUUCCGUUGAUAGAGACCACGAAUCUCAUCUGUCAGAGGCCCCGAAAGUAAACUCGAAACGUACGUCAGAUGCAGCGCGUGGCAAGUCGUCAACACCGAUGUAUUCGUCGCCACAGCGGUCUGGCCACCAGAAGAGUGCAUCCGCAAACAUUGACCACCAGAUGUCGACGACCCCAGUUGGAUCUCCCGCCGAGCGCUAUGAUGGCCCACUAAGUGCCUCAAAAUUCAGGUUACAGUCCAUCGUGCAAUCUGCCAAGGGACUUUUUACGAACACCGCUGGCGUUGCGGCUGCUGCCAGAACGGAAGCUGCCUCUCCUGACGCACCCAGAUUACGGCAUAAAGGACGCUUGGAUACAGAUCGUAUGGCGGGAAGCCAGCGGCCGCAGUCCACACAACCGCCGAGUCCUCCGCGCCAAGAAGGCCGCAGGACACGGAGCUCCACGGAGAGAGAAGAGAAGCGUAGACAGCAAGAACUUGAGGAACGUCAGAGGGAAGAGGAACAAGCAGAGAGAACCCGGCAACAGGAGAAACAGAGAGUCAUGAAACUCAGGACGACGCAGGAGAAGUCGACUGCUGAUUAUGAAGCUCGUGGACCAGCUACCGAGCCAACAGCCGCACAGACCACGCAGAAGAUGUCGCAGCUACAGAAACCAUCCAAGGAACCAGAAUCUAGCAUCGAAGCCGGCCCCAGAAUUGCCGCCCAACUCCCUGCCUCGCAGCAACAGGCGUCAAAGCAAAAUGAUCGUCGCCCCCUCAAGCCCACCCGUGAGCUUCAGAAACCGAAGCCCCAGCCUGUGUCUAUCCGCGUUGGCAGUGCGCUCUCCCGGCAAAUGCCACUGGCGUCGCAGGUCUCUUCCAGCACCCGAGAGUCUAGUGUCCCUGCACCGACACCAGCCUCGGCUUCGAAACAGCCGACUCUUAAGAAGAAGGCCAGCAACACUUCACUGCACACCGCCUCUUCGAACAGCAGCUUUAAGAGCUCUAUUUCUAGCCAGACCCAGAGGAAAGCACAGCUUGCAAGUGAGAGGAAGCGAGAGCAGGAGGAGCGCGAAGCCAGGCGUCGGGAGGAGCAGAGGCGUGAGGUAGAGCGGAAGCGCGCAGCUCAACAGCAGGAAGAAGCUCGUCGUCAGGAAAUGCGCAGCCGGGCAGAGACUGAGCGCCGAGAGCGACUUGCUGCCGAGGAUCCCAAGAAGGCCGCCCACAUGCAAGCCAUUGAGAAACGCCGAUUGGAGAACCAACGCAGACUGGAACGCCAGGGUAGCCAACAGCCUGAAGCCUCCCAACGCAGUGAGCUUGGUGCGGCUCGACCAGCCUCGCGAUUGGGUUCCAUCCAGCCGUUCAAUAGGUCCAUCAACCAGCCCCAGCCUAAUCCGGCCAAACCACCGAAGCGGGGGCUCGACGACGAGACCUCCCAUCGACCGACCGCACCCAAGACCGCCACCAUGCAGCCGUCGGGCGAGUCCAAGCGCAGGAGGACAGAAGAUGAGCAAAGCCGCAUGUCUUCCAUGCGUCCGGCAAUGGCCCCGCCGAUCCGUCAAUCAAACAUCCGUAAGCCGUCCAUUUUUGGCCAUGCACAACCUUCCGUUCCACAUCAGUCCGGGUCUUCGAUCUUCAAGACGGCCCAAGCACAGCGGCCCGCGCAUCCACUGGAUAUGGCCAAGUAUGCAAGCGGCAAGAUCCCCUUCGCAGAACCGUCCAACGUGCCUCCGGCUGCGCAUCGAACCCCCGCCGCUAGCGCGUCGCAGAAAGUCCCGGUGAAGGAGUCGCCAAACUACCCGAAUGGCGAGAACAUCAACCUCCCGGAGAUUGCGACCGACAGUGAGGACGAGGACUCGGAUGCGGAGAUGCUUCCCGUGCCCAAGUGGGCCCAGCCCAAGGAGCUGGAGUCCCUUCUGCGCCAGCAGGAAGGCAUGGAGGUGGAUUCGAUCUUCGGGCCUAUUGCACCAUUCUCCCUGGAGGAGACGUUCAAGUCGGACAAGAAGAUCAAGAAGUUCCGCGAACGCACCAGCAGCGCGAACUGGUCCGGAGCUGAUGGGUUGACGCAGGAGGAGAUCCGCCGUGAUCUUGCCGAGCGGCAGCGGUUGCGCCUGAACGGUGGAUGGUCUUUCAAUUGAUGGGGCCGCAGUUCGUUUUCGUAUCGGGAUUUAUGCGUUUAUACCUCCAUGGGGCUACAUGACUUAUCUGGGAUGUUUUCGUACUAUUGGAGCCGUUUUCUGCAGACAAUGGGUGGGUGGCAUGGCAGGUCCGGCGUUUAUCAGAUUGUGUGUUAAAUUAUAGCCAUAUCGAGCACUACUUAAUGCAUCUAUGCAUC